GCCCCGACUCCGUCAGUCCCCCUGCGGAAGGAUCCCUUUUUGGGCAGCUCCGCCCUAGUCCCGCCUGUGGCUAUCUUCGGAAAAUCCAAGUUAGGGGCGGAGGCAGCCGCGGUGGGGCGGGGCGUAGUGAGACCGGUAUAAGAGCGGAGGGGGCGGCGGCGGAGUGGCUCACUCGGUGCCGGUGCCCGGGGUUUGUAGUGACCGAGCCCCACCCGCCGGGGCUACCGACGGCUAAGACGUGCUAAUACCAUCAUCGCCGUCUCCUCCUCGCCCUCCUCCUCCUCCUAACAACAACUCCACCCACCGUCCAGUUUCCCUGGAAAGACUAAACCCCAAGAUGGCAGAUGAGACAAACACCAGGGAUUGCAUGUCCUUCAGCGUGCUGAACUGGGAUCAGGUCAGUCGGCUGAAUGAAGUUUUGACUGAGGUUGUACCAAUCCAUGGACGGGGCAACUUCCCCACCCUGAAGAUCACACUGAAGGAUAUUGUUCAGACUGUCCGCAACAGGCUGGAGGAGGCAGGAAUCAAGGUGCAGGAUGUUCGACUGAAUGGCUCUGCCGCUGGUCACGUCUUGGUCAAAGACAAUGGCUUGGGUUGUAAAGACCUGGACCUAAUUUUUCAUGUGGCUCUUCCAACAGAGGCAGAGUUUCAGCUUGUUCGAGAUGUCGUUCUGUGUUCUCUUCUGAACUUCUUGCCAGAGGGAGUCAACAAGCUAAAAAUCAGUCCAGUGACUCUUAAGGAGGCCUAUGUCCAGAAGCUGGUAAAGGUCUGCACGGAUACUGACCGUUGGAGCCUGAUCUCCCUCUCCAACAAGAAUGGAAGGAAUGUGGAACUCAAGUUUGUAGAUUCCAUUCGCCGUCAGUUUGAGUUUAGCGUGGACUCCUUCCAAAUCAUUCUGGACUCUUUGCUUUUGUAUUAUGACUGUUCAAGCAAUCCCAUGUCUGAACACUUUCACCCCACUGUGAUUGGGGAGAGUGUGUAUGGUGACUUUGAGGCAGCCUUUGACCACCUCCGGAACAGACUGAUUGCUACCAAGAACCCAGAAGAAAUCAGGGGUGGGGGACUCCUGAAGUAUAGUAACCUUCUGGUACGGGAUUUCAGACCCACAGACCAAGAAGAAAUCAAGACCUUGGAGCGUUACAUGUGUUCCAGGUUUUUCAUCGACUUUCCAGACAUUCUGGAGCAACAGAGGAAGUUGGAGACCUACCUCCAGAACCACUUCGCUGAAGAGGAGAGAAGCAAGUAUGACUACCUCAUGAUCCUUCGCCGGGUCGUGAAUGAGAGCACUGUGUGUCUCAUGGGACACGAAAGGAGGCAGACCCUCAACCUCAUCUCCCUCCUGGCCCUGCGUGUACUGGCAGAGCAGAACAUCAUCCCAAAUGCCACCAACGUCACUUGUUACUACCAGCCCGCUCCUUACGUCAGUGAUGGCAACUUCAACAACUACUAUGUCGCUAAUACUCCAAUGCCCUACAGCCAGCCAUAUCCCACCUGGCUGCCCUGUAACUAACUAAUGUCUUGGCUUGAGGAUUUCUGAAAAGGAAACCUCAACGGGGCAAGGGCUUUGAGGAAGUAGGGGAGCCUUUCUAGAUGCAGGUGUUUGGCUUUUAAAGGGGAACUCAGCUCUGAUUCUGCUUAUUUUCUUUGUGUACCCAUCGAAUGGGUCUACAGUCUAGCAUGAGAAAACUUUAAAAGGGACCCUUAUUACAGUGACACUUUGGAAACUGACCUGUCCAAAACACACUUACCACUUCAUGGUCCUGAACCUUACGCACUUGUGGAUUUGAGCCCCGUUGCAGUGCAGUUACUUAGAAUGGAAAAUAAGUUGGGCAGUGUAUGAGAAGCCUUAAGCCAACUGUCUUCUCACAUCAAUCUUGCAUCUAAACUAGGCUGUGUUUUAGCCCUUGUCCAGAGUCCUUAGCAGCUAACGCUUGGGCAAAACUGUUUUCUUGAAUCCAUGCAGAAUGACAAUGGUGAGGGUCUUCUAGAGUGCUUUUGUUCUUGUUCCAAGGGGAUUUGAGUAAAGGCCAAAUUGCUUAUGUUUGCUGACUUAUCCCCUUUCAGCAGAGCUGAAGGUUUCCUUCAUCAAUUAAACCAAAGCCAACAGCCUUCAGAAUUGAGGUCUGGUUAGAGGUGGCAUAUGUGGCUUAGAUGCUGUGCUAUCCCAAAGAAUUGUGAGAGGUUACUGCUAAAGCAUGACCUAAAAGGUUUCUUGGAAAUGUAACUCAAAAACGAAAUAAAAUGUAAGACAAUGUUAAAGUAGAAAAAAAUUGGUGGUGGUGGGUGAUGGUUGUGACUAGAGAAUUAAUAUUCAAAUGAUACUUUCUUUAAGGCAUUUUUAAUGAAUGGAACUUUUGGUUGUUUCUCCCAUUCAGUCUUUUUUUUCCUGGCUGACUUGUUUUUGUUGUCCUGUUCUUAAGACUUUUAAGUUGGGCGGUCUUGUUUCAUUUUGUUACUACAAUGACCUAUGCAGACUUCCCCAUGUCUGUGUUGUAGGAUGAGAUGCCCUUUUUGAUCACGUGCCAAAUGUGACAGCUUAAUUUAUUUGAAAUAUAUUGAGUGCUAAUGUGUCGUCCCCCCCCCCCCAAAAAAGGAGAUUUCAGUAGUGUAACUACUCCCCUAACUUUCUAUUCACAGCAUAUGAGUUCAUGAUGCUUACUUGGACUGGAAUUUGGGCUCCUAGGAUAGCUUCAUUUGUAAUUCUAAAUGAUGUGUGGAAAGAUCCCUUUGAAUGGAACAGGCUGCUUGAGGUUUCAAGGAAUUGCAAUAGAACAUAGACUGCUAUUUUGAGUCUUUCUCAUGUCUGGAUGAAGGCUUGCGUUAGUACAAAGUCUAGCGUGGAAGUGGUAAAAGCUCCUAAUUUGGAUUAUGUUUUUGUAAAGGAAUUUCUCAGUUCUCCCUUCUAGGUAAGGACUGGCUUAGUGAAUGAAGAGCUACUGGAUCUUCCUUAGCUGUUUUGUUGACCUCUGACCGACUGUAGUUAUCUUGUAUUCUGCACUUUAGGGAAAGACAGUGUUAACUUUAGUGAGCAUUCUGUUGCUCAGCUUGGUUAAGAUAAGUUCCAGGAUAAUUUAGGUGUAGAGACCACUGCAGAUUCUUCCCUACAGAGAAGGAAUUUCAUGUUGCAGCUUUUUAAUAGGGCCUCCCACUUCAGAGAAACAAUUUUAGUUGACUAGGAAAAUGAUAGCCCAAGCUGACAGAUUUCAAAGGGAUUUAUUCAAAUCCAAGAUCCUGAAUUUGACACUGCUCUGGCCAUAGAAAUCCUGGGAUAUGACAAAGCUAGGUUAAUGAAAGAAUACUUGGAUUCUCUAUCUAAGAGAAAACUAAGAGAGAUGUUUGGUGUGCUCUGUUUGGAAUGUGAUAUUUUGGCCCCCUUUUCAAGUGAAACAGAUGCGUGAGCUUGGUUUUGUUUUCCCCCUUGGGUGUCACUCAUAAUGUAUUAACUUUAGCAAGGUGAAUAAAAAGCCACCUUAGCAGUAUAAUUUGCAUUUGCUUCUUUAGAAGACCUUGCAAAAUUAGGUUGAAUUCCUUACUUUUAAAUCAAAGCUACGUUAUAAAGCUGGGCUCAGGUGUGAAUGGGAUUGGUUUAAGGUCCUUUGGAAGUAUUUUGGGUGUGGCACAGACUGAAGGUGACUUUAUCAAACCCCUUGGUUGUCUGUGACUUAUGAUAAGUUGUCUUUGGGAGGGGUGAUGGCAACACGUGGCAACACGUCUGACCUAAAAUGAUUAAUUUGUGGCAGAAUGUUAAUUAACCAAAGCUUUGACAGUGGCUGGUUUCUAUUUGCUUGCCAGAGAAGUUUGGGGCUGAGGGUGGUGGGGGAUCUCAGGACUACACCCUUAGCUUAAAUAAUUAAAUUCCCAGUUUGUCCUUUUUGAAAGCUCAUUCUGCUUAUACUGCUUGUUUUCUCUCUGGUAUUAAUAUCCUCACUACAGGGUGGUUGAUGGGGGGAGGAGGUAGGAAGACCACUUCUGUUCCCGCCUGCAAAAAUUUGCCUUUAUUCUGUCCCCUUGAAGGAAUAGCAACAUCUUUAGAUUUGUUUUGUAGGUCAUCUAGAAUGUGUGUGGUGUACCACUUUAGAUAAUCUAGAACAUGUAGGAGUUUACUUUAAAGUUAACUGUUGUGCUCUAUUUUGUCUCAAAAUCGUAAGAGCCUUGGAGAGGCCGUAGGGGACAGAAAAGUAUCCAAGUAAGGGGCCCAGAUAACAUUUCUGGAGCUUUUGGCUCCUCUUUGUUCAUUACCCCUCCCCCACCUCCACACACAUUGGAUGCCCCCUUUGUGGAAUCCAACUCUUUUUGUAGUUGCAAGUAGAUGCUUAUUCAGGAGCUAGCAAAACUGUCUAAACUGCAGCUCCCCCACUCCAAGUUAAGUGUGCUGUGGGGCGGAGACUGUUUGGAUAGUGAAGAACAAAACUGGAUCACUAAAACCUAAUCCCUGGCUCAGGUAUGUAGUUACCUGCUAAGGUAGCCCUUAACCAGCUUCAUGAUGUGCCAAGUCACCUCUAAAUCCAGGCGCCUGGACAUUCUACUUAAAAAUGUGCCUUUGGGGGCCAGAGGAGUGGUCUCUGUGGUCUGUAUUUAUGCCAAAUCCAGGGGUUCCUUUUUUUUUUGCUUGUGUUGAGUAAGAGGAAACUUUGGUAGUCACAGAGUGGAAUUAAUAGUUCAAGUAUAAAUUCUAAUCUAAAUUUAAAUAGUACCUCAUUUAUGUUGGGUCCCUAAGAUGUCCUUUUUUUUUCUUUUUUGCCUUUUGCAAACAUGCAGUGUACUCUUAACUUAUUCCUUAGAAUCGGCUUUGAGUGGUCAGCCUAGAUAAGAAUUGUACCUUUUUCUUCAUAUUGGCAGAGGUUUCUGCACUAAAUUCCUGGCCCUCGUUUUGGCAGAUAUUAUCUCACAUUCAAAUUCACUGGCAAACACUUAGAAUAAAACAUUUCACAGGAACACCCUGUGUGUUCAAAUUAAUUAGGAAUAUGUAGGCAAACUGGGUAUCGUUCACAGUCUGUAAGAGGUAGAUUUCCAUUUAAGGGUGAGGAAAGGAAGAAAUGCUUCUUAGAUCAUGGUGCAGAAGCAAUUGGGUUGCUUGCUGUUGGGGCAUGAAAUUUCAAACUUGGCUUUCCUCUGAAAUUUUUUGCUUUUUAUGGUUAUCUAUCAUCCAAUGGCCAAAGAACUGAAUUGAAUUCAUCAUCCUCAUAGCCCCCUCACACCCAUGUCUAGUCUUUACCUUUGUAGUAAUAGUAGAAAGUAGCAGUAGUGGUGAUGAUGGUGAUAGUAGUUAUAGUAGUAAUAGUUGGAUAGGCUUUUUCACUACUGUCACUGUGUUCUUAGCUAGAAGUGCCACUCAAGGUAUCAGGUAUUCCCUUCCUCUUAAGAAUAUUAAUUCCCUUUUGGCUAGUGCUUCCCACCCCUCCCCCUCCCCGCCUGCCCCUGCACCCACCAUGGGCUGGUCUUUGGGACCCAAGUUAGAUUCUUCAAAACUUUUCUUCCAUAGGGUGAAGUGAAGACAUAAUUAAAAUGUUAACACAGGGUGGGAGAAAGCACAUAUUACUAUGAGCCAUUACCAUUCACAGAGGUUACCUGAUUAUUAACUCUGGACCAGAGAGAAUCCACUGGUAUGUGUAUCAACCUAUCUUAGGUACAAAUCUCCUUUUCUUAGAAGUUGAGAGAAUAAACACUGAUUUCUAAGCUUAGAGCCAGAUAUCUUUAUGCUGGUAGAGACCAGAACAUUGUAUCUACUCUGGUCGUAGCUGGCUUUUGGAACAAAUUCCAGUUCUCCUAAUUAACAUUUAGAGGACCAAAGGAGGCCUGGGAAGAUAUUAGAAAAUUUUUCAGAGGGGUGUAAUAGAGCAAAUUAAGAAAAGGAAAGGCCAGUAUUGCUGAAACCAGAUACUUCAAGUGCCUAAAUCUUGUUUAUCACUUUUUUUUAAUAACUUAAGUGUAAUAUUAAAAAAAAAACAAGUGUGAUAGUUGGAACAGACAAAGGUACAGAGCAGUCAUCUACUCCUGUGUGUGUAUGGGAAGGUUAAAAGACCAUUCACUAAUGAAGUGGAUAAAUUAAAUGAUGUGGGUUUGUGUGGGUUUUCUUUUU